GCCCUUACGCCCGAUCUUCUCACACCGGCACCUUUGAUCUUCCUUCACCGAAGCGAUCUCUUGCGCCGAUCCCGUUGCCCGACUUAGCAUUCCUCGCGGCAACUCGACACAAAUAUUCCGACACUUGAAUCUUUCUAUUUAUUCGAGUCACAAAUACACACUUGACACAAUGCAAUUCAAGAGCAUUGUCGCCGUCCUGGCCACUGGCCUCUCGCUGGUUGCCGCCCAAGAGGUCGACACCACCACCACCUCGACCCAGACCAUGACCAAGACGGUUACCGUCACCCAGUGCAACCCAACCGUCAGCAACUGCCCCGGUCGCACAUCCACCACCUCCAGCAGCAGCACCAGCAGCACCAGCAGCAUCAUCUCCUCUUCGACAAGCUGGACAUUCCCUCUGUCCAACUCGACGACCACCGUCGGCCCCACCGCCAGCUCCUCUUUCAUCAUCUCUACCUCUCGCCCCGUCGUCACCGGGUCUUCGGGGCCCGGGUCGGGCUCGAGCGUCGAGACUUCUGGUCCUUCUGGCACGGGUUCGUCGCCUAGCACCAUCCCGACAGCUGGUGCGGGCGGUCUCUUUGUCCAGCCUGCCUUGCUGCUCAGUGUCCUCGGUGCUGGUGUCGCUCUCCUUGCUUAGGCGCGGCACACUGGUCCGACCCCGCUGUGAGAGCGACGAUGGCGAGAACCGAUCUACCUUGGACAACUAUACCCUAGCGACUUCUUUUUAUUUCUUCGAUUCGUCCAUGGUCCAUACUACUUGAUUCUUCGGGGAAGCGAUGUUUGGGGCUUUUUUUUUUGGUGGUUAACGAGGUUUGGGAAAGGGUUUCU